AGCAUAUUCCACAUUCGAGGCUUUAAUUGUAAUUUCAUUUCAACCGCGAUCCAGCUAUCAUCGCCCAGCAAACUAUCCAGAUAUCAUCGCCAGCGAACUCUGCGAAUUCCGAUCAUUUGUGAAAGAUGGCCAGGAAGUUCUUUAUCGGCGGAAACUGGAAAUGCAACGGAACCACUGAGGAGGUGAAGAAGAUAGUGGCCACACUAAAUGAAGCCCAAGUGCCUCCACACGAUGUCGUGGAGGUUGUGGUAAGCCCUCCAUUUGUUUUUCUUCCAUUGGUAAAAAGUUUGUUGAGGCCUGAUUUCCAUGUUGCGGCACAAAAUUGUUGGGUCAAAAAAGGAGGUGCUUAUACAGGGGAGGUCAGUGCAGAGAUGCUCGUCAAUUUGGGCAUUCCUUGGGUUAUUCUUGGUCAUUCUGAGAGACGGCUUAUAUUAAACGAGUCAAAUGAGUUUGUUGGAGAUAAGGUCGCAUAUGCACUUGCACAAGGUUUGAAGGUGAUUGCCUGUGUUGGAGAGACUCUCGAGCAGCGAGAAUCUGGAUCUACCGUGGAUGUUGUUGCUGCACAAACUAAAGCAAUUGCAGAACGAGUUUCAAACUGGGCCAGUGUUGUUUUGGCUUAUGAACCUGUGUGGGCUAUUGGUACUGGGAAGGUUGCUACUCCAGCCCAGGCUCAGGAAGUACAUUCUGAAUUGAGGAAAUGGCUUCACACAAAUACCAGUCCUGAAGUUGCUGCAACAACCCGCAUUAUUUAUGGAGGUUCCGUGAAUGGUGCAAACUGCAAGGAAUUGGCUGCUCAGCCUGAUGUUGAUGGCUUUUUGGUUGGGGGAGCUUCUCUUAAGCCGGAGUUCAUUGACAUUAUCAAGUCUGCCCAGGUUAAGAAAAGUGUCUAAGUUUUGUACUGGGUAUGAGUAGGUGAGACCCUCUAGCUUUCGAAUGGGGAGACAUAAAUCCAUGUGAUGAAAUUUUAAAAUUACUUUUUUUGAGAAAUUUCUGUUUGUAUCCAAAUCAGCAUCGGGGACUGGAUAAUAUUUAUGAAUAAAGAUGACUAACUGCUACCA